AUGGUUCCAACUCGACUACUCCUCCUCGCUGUUCUCGUUGCUGUUGUCAAGAUAACAGAUGGGAACGGUAAAAGCAAAUGGACUGACCCGUCACUAAACACGCCUGAACAGAAUGAACGGGUUUUAGAGGAAGUUCGACAGGGUCUCCACAAAGACCAUGGACAUGAACACGAUCACGGACACGAUCACCAUGGCCACGAUCACGGACACGACCAUGGGCACGAUCAUGGACACGAUCAUGGACACGACCAUGGACAUGAUCACGGACAUGAUCACGGACAGGAUCACGGACAUGAUCAUCACCACGAAGCUCCUGCGGAACCAGAAAAUGUUUGGCUCAAAGCAUUUGGGGCCACUAUACUUAUAUCAUUAGCUCCUUUCCUUGUUUUAUACCUCAUUCCUAUCGACAGAAAAAACAAAGAACAAGAAAACUUCCUUAAAGUUCUACUCGCAUUUGCCUCUGGGGGAUUAUUAGGAGAUGCGUUCCUUCACCUUAUACCUCAUGCCAUAUCACCGCAUAGUCAUGGAGAUCACGACCACGCACACGACCACGCACACGACCACGCACACGACCAUGGACACGACCAUGGCCAUUCUCACGGAGCCGAAAUGGCCGUUGGAAUGUGGACGCUUGGUGGAAUACUUACAUUCUUGCUUAUAGAGAAGUUUGUGAUCGCAAUAAAGGGAGGACACUCACACAGCCACGGGCCGGUAGCACCUGUAGAAACACCUAAAGAAGCUAAGAAGAAGGAGAAAGACUCAGAUGAUGAAAGUGAUGAAAAAGAAGAGAAGGAAGAUGAGAAGAUAGAAGAACCAGAAGAACCACACAGAGAGGUAAAAGUGUCUGCUUACCUAAACAUGGCAGCUGAUAUGACGCACAAUUUCACGGACGGGCUAGCUAUCGGCUCCUCCUUCUUAAUAAGCGAUAAGAUGGGAUACAUCACUACAUUCCUUAUCUUGGUACACGAAAUACCUCAUGAGAUCGGUGACUUUGCUAUCCUUGUACAAUCUGGAUUUACCAAGAGUGAUGCUAUGAACUUCCAGUUGUUAACAGCCCUUGGUGCUCUAGUAGGAACUGCUGGAGGGUUACUCGCUGAGAGUUUCUUCGCUUCCGCUUCCCUGUUCAUCUUGCCCUUCACUGCAGGUGGAUUUAUAUACAUAGCGACAGUAACUGUCCUGCCUGAGUUGCUGCAUGGAGGUUCCUCGCUGUGGCAAGGAGUAAAGGAGAUAUCAGCUCUGACAGUUGGAAUCGGAAUCAUGGUUUUAAUCGCAGAGUAUGAGUAGUUUCCUCUGUUCUUUUAAAUUAAAUUUUGGGUAUUCAGAUCAUAAAAAUGGUUUUAGCUGUUUUGGUAUAUUUAUUGUGUUUUAACUAAUUUGCAUGCGA